AUUCAGGACCCCUCAAUGGCGGCGUCCAGUGUAACCGGGGUAAUACAACGAUUCGCCUUCUGAUGCUCUGUGAUCAUGAGGGUGGUCUUUGUUGUGCUGGUCUUGCUGAGGGUCCAGCUUGUGCACUCGGCAUCUAAAGGAGUAAUUGCCAGUCUUCAGGCCAAAUGGGCUAUGACCCCUCUACUGCUGGAAACAAGUGAGUUCAUCAGAGAGGACGGUGAUGAGAAGUUUUGGCAGUUUGUCGAUACUGUGAAGGAGUUAACUGUUUACAAAAAUGGAGAGUCUGUGCGGUCAUAUUAUAAUCUGAUCAUCAAGAAGGCAGGACAGUUUUUGACAGACCUCCAGGUCAACCUCCUGAAGCUUUCUCUGUCUCUCAGGGCUUAUUCACCAGCUGUACAUGCUUUCCAACAAAUAGCAAGUGAUGAACCUCCUCCUGACGGCUGCUCUGCUUUCGUAGCCAUCCAUGGUCAACAUGCAUGCAAUACUAAGGACAUGAAGAAGCUCCUGAAGGCAGCGUCAGGCAGGCCAAGACCAUACCUAUACAAGUCUGAUCACCGGUAUCCAGGAGUCAAUGGGACCGAUCUGCCUGUUGUUGUUCUUUAUGCUGAAAUUGGCACCAAAGAAUUCAUCACAUUUCACAAGGUGCUGUCCGAGCGGGCGCAGGAGGGCAAACUUAUUUACAUGCUUCGACAUUUUGUUGCGGAGCCAAAAAAACAAAGGAUGUUGCUGUCUGGUUAUGGUGUUGAACUGGCUAUUAAAAACACGGAGUACAAAGCCGUUGAUGACACACAGGUUAAAGAUUCUAAAUCAGUAACCACAGAUGAUGAGGAUGAAAAUGAUGAAGUCCAAGGUUUUCUGUUUGAGAUAUUAAAAAAGUCUAACCCGGAACUUCAAGGGGAACUUGGCGAGCUGAGGAAGCAUCUUCUGGAAAGCACCAAUGACAUGACUCCCCUCAAAGUGUGGGAGCUCCAAGACCUCAGUUUCCAGGCGGCAUCUCGGAUCCUGAGCGUGCCAAAGUUUGAUUCCCUCAAACUGAUGCAAGACCACAGCCAAAAUUUCCCCAGCAGAGCCAGAUCACUGACGAAAGUGGCCGUAAACCAAGAGCUGAAGAAGGAGGUUGAAGAGAACCAAAAGAGGCUAAGUGACUCAAUGGGAAUCCAUCCUGGUGAUGCCAGUCUUUUUAUUAAUGGUAUACAGAUUGACCUGGACCUUCAUGACCCUUUCAGCAUCCUGGAUAUUCUCAGAGGGGAGGCUAAGAUACUUGAAGGUCUUCAUAACCUUGGCAUCAGAGGAAGCAGUGUCAAUAAGUUCCUGCAUUUAUCCACCACUUCCAGUGUGGAAGACAGCUACGCUCUGGAUAUCCGUCACUCGGCCAUAAUGUGGGUUAAUGAUAUAGAGAAGGACUCCCCUUACCGUCACUGGCCUUCAAGUAUCCAAGAGCUUCUCAGAGCGACGUUUCCUGGUGUCAUCAGACAAAUACGGCGUAACUUCUUCAACCUGGUUCUGUUUCUAGACCCGAAACAGGAAGAAAGCAUUGAACUGGUGAAAUUAGCAGAGCUCUUUUACAAACAUAAUAUUCCACUCAGGAUUGGAUUUGUGCUGGUUGUCAGUACAGAUGACAGUGUAGAUGGAUUUUUGGAUGCAGGUGUUGCUCUCUUCAGGCUGUUAAAUUACAUUUCAGAGGAGUAUGACGAAAUGCAAGCUUUCACGUCAAUGGUGUCAAUAUAUAACAGGGUGGAAGUCGGUGAUACUCUGUCAGUGGAUACAGUCACUGCAUAUCUAAAAAAGAAAUUUCCAAAAGCAAAUGCUGCCAGAAUUCUUGGAGUGGACUCAAACUUUGAUGACAACAGAAAGGCUGGAGGAGUGUUUUACAGGAAGAGUGGUUUAGCAGCCCUUCCGGUGGCUCUGUUUAAUGGCGUUCCAUUCGGCAGUGAAGAGAUGGACCCUGAUGAGCUGGAAACAAUUAUACUGCAGCGCAUCAUGGAAACGACCAACUUUUUCCAGAGAUCUGUCUUCAUGGGUCAGAUCACUGAGAGUCUUGAUGUGGUGGACUUCCUGAUGGAGCAGGCCAAUGUUGUUCCUCGCAUCAACCCGCUGAUUCUGAGCUCUGAGAGGAGAUAUCUAGAUUUCACUGCCUCACCAAUUGUGGAUGAUUGGCAUGACACCAGUAUGUUCUCCUACCUGGACUCCAGGGACAAAACAGCAGUUGUUUCUAAAAGAAUGAAGUAUUUCAUCAGAGACGAGGAGGAGGUGUAUGGGGUGACCAUGUGGAUUAUCGCGGAUAUUGAACGGGCCUCUGGGAGGCUGUUGCUGCGGAACGCCUUGAAACAUAUGAAAUCCAGCUGCUCCAGUUGUCGAAUUGGAGUGAUCAAUAACCCCAGCGGAAAGCCCACGGAGGAAACCAGCGCUCUGUACCGAGCCGUCUGGGCAUCACUCCUCACCCAAAGCAGCAAGAACACACUCGACUUCACACUAAAACUCCUCAAAGAGGAAAACGUUGAGCUCCUCAAUCAGGGCACCAAGAUUAAGCACUUACUUAUACAGGGUAUGGACCAGGAUACCUUUGAGAAGAAGUUCAACACGAUGCAAGUCGAUUUUCUCCACAGCCAGCAAAAAUUCUGUAAGGAUGUAUUGAAGCUGAAAGUAGGACAGAGAGCUGUGGUCAGCAACGGCAGGAUUCUGGGUCUACUUGAGGAAGAAGAGUUCAGCGUGGAUGAUUUCCAUUUGCUUGAGAAGAUCACGCUGCGCACUUCAUCGGAAAAGAUUAAAUCCAAGAUCAAGCAGAUGAACUUGGACGCCCAAAAGGCCAGUGAUCUUGUCAUGAAAGUGGAUGCCCUCCUUAGUGCAGCACCUAAGGGAGAGGCCAGAAAAGAUGUCAAACUUCUGAAAGACAAGCACAGCGUUCUUCAUCUAGCCCAGCGGGAAGAUGAGGUCUUCUAUGACGUUGUCGCAAUCGUGGAUCCUCUCAGCAGAGAUGCACAGAAGUUGGCUCCCUUACUGAUUGUGCUUGGUCAAGUGGUCAAUAUGAAAGUGCAGGUGUUCAUGAACUGUCGAGCCAAGCUGUCUGAGAUGCCCCUGAAGAGCUUUUAUCGAUUUGUUUUGGAGUCGGAUGUUUCCUUCUUUGGCAACGACUCUCUUUCCCCUGGCCCCAUGGCUCGCUUUACUGAAAUCCCAGAAUCCCUUCUGCUCACCCUCAAUAUGAUCACCCCGGAGAGCUGGAUGGUUGAGGCGGUCAGGAGCCCGUAUGAUCUUGACAACAUCCACCUGCAGGAGGUCAGCGGUGUAGUGAACGCGGAGUACGAACUGGAGUACCUGCUCUUGGAGGGUCAUUGUUUUGACCUGUCCACAGGUCAGCCACCCAGAGGACUUCAGUUUACACUGGGCAUGAGACGCGAACCCCUCAUGCAGGACACCAUCGUCAUGGCCAACUUGGGUUAUUUCCAGUUGAAGGCCAACCCAGGCGCCUGUAUCCUGAGGCUGCGUGAAGGCCGCUCCGAGGACAUAUAUCAAAUACAAGCGCAUGAUGGGACAGACUCUCCUGCCGAUGCUGGUGAUGUCAUCGUGGUACUUAACAGCUUCCACAGCAAGAUCAUCAAAGUGAGAGUUCAAAAGAAACCAGACAAACUCAAUGAAGAUCUGCUAAGUGAAGAAACUGAAUCCAAAGGGCUGUGGGACUCCAUAACAAGCUUUGCAGGUGUCCCAAAUGUGGACAAAGGAGACCAGAAGAAGAAAGAUGUCCUCAACAUCUUCUCUGUGGCCUCUGGACAUUUAUACGAGCGUUUCCUUAGAAUUAUGAUGCUCUCUGUCCUUCAACACACGACAACCCCUGUCAAGUUCUGGUUUCUCAAAAACUACCUCUCACCCUCAUUCAAGGACACUAUUGGGCACAUGGCGAAGGAGUAUGGUUUCCAGUAUGAACUGGUUCAGUAUAAGUGGCCUCGCUGGCUUCACCAGCAGACAGAAAAGCAGCGCAUCAUCUGGGGUUAUAAGAUCCUCUUCCUGGAUGUGCUGUUUCCUCUGGCUGUUGACAAGAUCAUCUUUGUUGAUGCUGAUCAGAUUGUCAGGGCGGAUUUGAAGGAGCUGAGAGAUCUGGAUCUAGAGGGCGCUCCGUAUGGAUAUACUCCAUUCUGCGACAGCCGAAAAGAGAUGGAUGGUUACCGGUUUUGGAAGACCGGCUACUGGGCAUCCCAUCUUGGACACAGAAGAUACCACAUCAGUGCAUUAUAUGUGGUGGACCUAAAGAAAUUCCGAAAGAUAGCAGCUGGAGACAGGCUCAGAGGACAGUAUCAAGCCUUAAGCCAAGAUCCCAAUAGUCUAUCCAACCUGGACCAGGACCUUCCCAACAACAUGAUUCAUCAAGUAGCCAUAAAGUCCCUACCUCAGGAGUGGCUAUGGUGCGAAACCUGGUGUGACGACAGAUCCAAGAAGACUGCCAAGACCAUAGAUCUGUGCAAUAACCCAAAGACCAAAGAACCCAAGCUAAGUGCAGCAGUAAGGAUCGUUACGGAAUGGUCCAAGUACGACAAUGAGAUAAAGCAAUUUCUGAGGCAGGUGAAUGAGCAGAAGGAGAAAAUAAGCCGACAGGAAAGCCCAUCCUCAUCUUCGCAGCCCACAGGCACUCAACGGGACGAACUUUAGCGGUGAGUGCUUACAGCGGUUAAGGGGAGAUGGAUGUUUGCACCUGAUCUUCAUGAGAUGCUUGAACUCGACAGCCGUACCGAGAUGUGUUCUAUAACGUAACGAACCGUUACACUGCAGCUCAGAGAAUACUGAGGAAAUAUACUCUAAAUAAACGUUUUUAAAGAACUUCAUGUCAUUUUUGGUGAUGUAUAUAUCAUUUUGAAUGAAGGAUCAACCUUUCAGAUUUUUUUAUGUAAACUGUGGUGAGUGAAUACACUACACAACAGCUUUUUGUAUCAUUGUCAGGAAAGAUUGAAAGAAUUUGUGUUGUGAGCUAUGUUAAGCCAGUCUGUGAUCUUACAAUGGCACUGCUUUAUAAAUAUGUGUAUUAUUUAUAAGGAAAAAUGAUGUUGAUACUGUGGACAUUCCUCCAUUCGAGACUACAGAUGUUCUGUUUUGCAGUAUAUUACACAAAGCCUUUCAUGUGACUGUUUCAGUAUUUUGUCACUAUGUUUUGUCUUUCAAAGUCAUUGUUUACAUACAGUAUGAAGGGUGUCUGUCUUUUGGCUUUAUGAAUCCAUUAAAUCAUGUAUUGAAUUUGCACUCUAAAUUCAUGCAAUCAUUAAGUACUGCAGAGUAGAACAUGCAUUCUGUAUUGCAGUCGCCGCUUUAGUCAUCCGAGCCUACUGUCAAGUAGAUGCAUCAAAUUCUACCUUAGUGCAAACACUCAAUUGCUAGUGUGUGUAUUGUUUUUUGCUUUUACAUUCCUUGUUCUGUGUAUAUUCUCAUAAAAACGUUUGUUACAAUGCCUUGAAUGUACAAGGAUGUGGAUUUUCUCAGGAAUAAAGUGAUAUUUUUAUUCUGA